GCUGCUGUGGGACAUUCUGUGAUUUACGGUGUGACAUGUAAUGAUUUUGUGCAUUGUAAAAUCACGGUAAACUUGUCUGUGAUUAUUGACACGGACACUAAAGAUAAAUGGAGCAGUAGUUUGUUACAAGUACAGAUAACGAGGAGGAGGAGGAAGAAGAAGAAGAAGAAGAAGAGCAGCGCUGCUGCUGGACUGUGAUGUGAAGGAACGACGGAGGAGGAGGAGGAGACGACACUUUUUUCUGCUUUUUUUCUGGGAACGACUCCGUCCGUUCAUCCGGUGGGCGCCUCUGUAACCGGCCACCGGGUUAAUAACUCAUUAAUUUACCCGCCUGCAGCAGCAGCUCCACAGGACAAUGAGGAGAAGUGUCCAUCUCCAGGAUGUCACCUCGCUCACUCCUCCAGCCGUAGCCUCCUCCUGAGCCUCAAAACCGGCUUGUUAACAGUUCUGUCCUCUGUCACGCCUCUGGUGGAGCUGACGUGAAGGAGCAAGGCCAGGUGAUGGAGGAGGACGAGGUGGUGGUGGUGGUGAGCAUAGAGUAUCUGCUGGAGCAGACCAUGCAGAAGGACCUGGGGAGGAGGCUCCAGGAGGGUCAGGAGAUCAUAGAGAUCAUCCUGGACCAAGAGAGGUCUCCUGACCUGGAGCAGGACCAAAAUACGCUGGACAGGAUGGUGGACGCGGUGGCCAGCUCCUGGGUCAACUCCAGCAACUUCAAGGUGGUUCUGUUGGGGAUGGACAUUCUGUCGGCUCUGGUCAGUCGACUGCAGGAGAAAUUCAGGACACAAGUUGGAACUGUUCUGCCGAGCCUCAUCGAUCGACUCGGAGACGCCAAGGACCAAGUUCGGGACCAGGACCAAGCACUUCUGCUGAAGAUCAUGGACCAGGCUGCAAACCCACAGUACGUGUGGGAGCGAAUGGUGGGUGGCUUCAAACACAAGAACAACCGGACCAGAGAAGGACUCUGCCUCUGCCUCAUCUCAACAUUAAACGUGUUUGGAUCUCAGAGUCUGACGCUCAGUAAAAUCGUUCCUCACAUCUGUAACCUCCUCGGAGACCCCACCAGUCAGGUGCGAGACGGCGCCAUGAACUGCCUCAUCGAGAUCUACCGACACGUUGGAGAGCGAGUGCGCAUUGACCUGGGAAAGAAGGGUCUGCCUCAGUCACGGCUGAAUGUCAUCUUCAGUAAAUUUGACGAAGUUCAAAGGUCGGGGAACAUGGUCCUGUCACCUCUGUCCGACAAAAACUUCGAGGACGAUGACUCGGUGGACGGUGGCCGCUCCUUGUCCUCGUCCAAAGCAGCCCCGCUCUCCGGGAAGAAGACGGUGAGCAUGGGGACGUUUCGCCGGCCAAGCUCCGCCUCCAGCAGCAAGUCUGCAGGGAAGGACGGCUCUGGAGCAGGAGCAGGAGCUGUGGACGAGGACGACUUCAUCCAGGCCUUUGAGGACGUUCCCACAGUGCAAAUUUACUCCAACAGAGAAGUGGACGAGGCCAUGACCAAGAUACGUGACGUGCUGUCGGACGACAAGAAGGACUGGGAGCUGAGAGUGGCAGCUCUGAAGAAGGUGCGUUCGCUGGUCCUGGCUGGAGCUCCAGAGUUUGAAGGGUUCCCGCAGCAGCUGCGGCUCAUGGAGGCGGCGUUCAAGCUGUCGGCCAAAGACCUGCGCUCUCAGGUGGUGAGAGAAGCCUGCAUCACUCUGGGUCACCUGUCGCUGGUUCUCGGCAGCCGCUUCGACCACGCAGCGGAGGCCGUCAUGCCGGCGCUGCUCAACCUGGUUCCCAACAGUGCCAAAAUCAUGGCCACGUCCGGCGUGGCCGUCAUCCGCCUCAUCCUCAGACAAACUCACUACCCUCGUCUCAUCCCCAUCAUCGCCACCAACUGUGCAUCCAAAUCUGUGGCGGUCAGGAGACGCUGCUUUGAGUUUUUGGAGUUGAUGCUGCAGGAGUGGCAGACCAGCUCACUGGAGAGACAUGGGACAGUUGUGAUGGAGACGAUAAAGAAAGGAAUUCACGAUGCAGACGCCGAGGCUCGCUCUGUGGCCAGAAAGUGUUACUGGAGUUACCACGCCCACUUCAGCAGGGAGGCAGAGCAGCUCUUCCAGGGCCUGGAGUCGUCCUAUCAGAAAGCUCUGCAGGCUCACCUGAGGAGCGGGGACAGUCUGAUGUCACUGCCCGCCUCUGACCGCUCCUCCUCCUCCUCUCAAGAGAGCCUCAAUCGACCCGUGUCUGUCAAAAGCAGCACCAGAAGCAACACCAGCAGAAGUAAACACGCCAAACCCACUCACUCCUCCAGAACUGCCGCCACCGCAGCUUCCUCUCCAGGCUCCCUCCAACGUUCUCGCAGUGACGUGGACGUGAACGCCGCCACCACUGCCACAGCCCGCACCAGGAUGCCCACAGUCCCCUCUGUGUCCUCAGCUUCUCCCUUCAGCGCGGCCUCGGCGCUUCCUCCUGGAUCCUAUGCUUCUCUGGACGCCUCAUGGUCUGUGAAUGCAGAUGGUCGAGUGAGAACCCGGAGGACGAGCGCAGGAAACGGUCCGUGUGUGACGGACAGUCGCGGUCGUAGCAGAGGGAAGGUCGUGUCACAGUCUCAGCCCGGGAGUCGCUCGGGUUCUCCGGGUCGUCUGCUGAGCGCCACCUACGGCAGAAAACCAAGACCUACGAUGGGCACCGCCGCCGCCGCCACAAACCCCAACACGUCAACCAGUCUGACAGACAAGAGCCGGCCUCGAGGUCACCGCAGUCAGGGCUGCAGCCGAGAGACCAGUCCCUCCAGAUCAGGAAUGGCCCGCAGUCGAAUCCCUCGACCGAGCAUGAGUCAGGGCUGCAGCCGUGAAACCAGUCGCGAGAGCAGCCGCGACACCAGCCCCACCAGGGGUUUCUCCCCCCUGGUGACGCGGCGUCACUCCCGCUCCACCAGCGCCCUCUCGUCAGCAGAGUGCUACUCAGACCGACUUUCCCACCAGGCUCGGAUCUCGGCCUCCGUCAACGCCAUGAAAAUCCUCAACACGGGCACUGAGGUGGAGGCCGCGGUGGCAGACGCUCUGCUGUUAGGAGACUCCAGGAGUAAGCAGCGACGCCCGGCGCGGCGGCGCUUCGAGUCGCCUGGCAUGUACUCGGACGACGACGCCAACAGCGAUGCGUCCAGCGCCUGCUCCGAGCGCUCGUACGGCUCGCGCAACGGCGGCAUGGCGCCGCACUACCUGCGCCAGGACGUGGACGUGGCGGAGGUCCUGAACCACUGCGCCAGCUCUAACUGGUCUGAGAGGAAGGAGGGUCUGCUGGGACUGCAGAACCUGCUCAAGAGCCAGAGGAUGCUCAGUCGCGUGGAGCUGAAGAGACUGUGUGAGAUCUUCACCAGGAUGUUUGCAGACCCUCACAGUAAGGUGUUCAGCAUGUUCCUGGAGACUCUGGUGGACUUCAUCAUUCUUCACAGAGACGACCUGCAGGACUGGCUCUUUGUUCUGCUCACCCAGCUGCUGAAGAAGAUGGGAGCAGACCUGCUGGGCUCCGUCCAGGCCAAAGUCCAGAAGGCUCUGGACGUCACCAGAGAGUCUUUCUCAUACGAGCAGCAGUUCAACAUCCUCAUGCGUUUCAUCGUGGACCAGACGCAGACGCCCAACCUGAAGGUGAAGGUGGCCAUCCUGCGCUACAUCGAGGCUCUCGCUCGCCAGAUGGACCCGUCCGACUUUGUCAACUCCAGCGAGACGCGCCUCGCCGUCUCGCGCAUCAUCACGUGGACGACCGAGCCAAAGAGCUCCGACGUCCGCAAGACCCUUCACAACUGGGCAGGGGAGGAUUUCUCAGGUCGCUGCAGCACUGUGGCCUCUCUGCCAGGAGAGGGAAACCUGGAGGAGAGGUGCAAACAGGCAGCUCAGGUGGUGCUGAUCGCUCUGUUUGAGUUGAACACACCAGAGUUCACCAUGCUGCUCGGAGCUCUGCCUAAAACCUUCCAGGACGGAACGACCAAGUUGCUGCACAACCACCUGAGGAACGCCAGCGCCAACAGUGGCAUCGUCAUGUCGUCUCCCUGUAACUCGAUGGGUCGGACUCCACCUCGACAGUCGAGCAGUCGCAGCAGUCCACUGACCUCACCCACCAACUGCUCCCACGGCGGACUCUCACCCAGUCGUCUAUGGGGCUGGAGCGCAGACGGUCUCUCAAAGUUCCCUCCUCCACCCUUCCCCUCCCCCCCUCUUCCUCCACCCACUGCUCACUCCUCCCUCAAGGCACUGCGGCGAGCUUACUCACCCAGCAUGCUGGAGUACGACAGCGAGAACCUGAACUCGGAGGAAAUCUACAGCUCGCUGCGCGGCGUCACUGAGGCCAUCCAGAACUUCAGCUUCCGCAGCCAAGAGGAUCUGAUGGAGCCGCUGAGGCGCGACGGCAAGAGGGAUGGCAUGGCCGGUGUGGCGUCGUCUUCAGACUCUGGUGUUGACCUGAUGGAGGGCGGACGCACGGCGUUAGACAACAAGACGUCGCUGCUGAACACGCCGUCACCGCGCUCCUUCACCGGCCCGCGCUUCCGUGACUAUAAUCCCUACAACUAUACUGACAGCAUCAGCACGGUGGACAAAGCUGCCCUGAAGGAGGCGCUAUAUGAGGACGCUGUCGACGGGCGUCGACAAGAAAGUGUUGAAAACAAGAUCCUGCCCCCGAAAAGUUUCCCCACGAGUCCCUCGGAGCAGUUGGAGCUGGUGGGGGAGCUGCUGAAGGAGCUCUCUCAGGGUCAGGUGGGGGAGCGAGGGCCUGAGGAGCGUCGAGGGAACCUGCUGGAGCUGCUGAAGGUGGUGAGAGAGGACAGCGUGUUGGUGUGGGAGGAACACUUCAAAACCAUGCUGCUGCUGCUGCUGGAGACGCUGGGAGACAAAGACCACACGAUCCGAGCUCUGUCUCUGCGAGUCCUGAAGGAGAUCCUGAGGAACGAACCGGCUCGGUUCAAGAACUACGCCGAGCUCACUAUCAUGAAGACUCUGGAGGCUCACAAAGACUCUCACAAGGAGGUGGUGCGGGCGGCGGAGGAAGCGGCGUCCACACUGGCGAGCUCCAUCCUCCCUGAUCAGUGCAUCAAGGUUCUGUGUCCCAUAGUGCAGACGGCCGACUAUCCCAUCAACCUGGCUGCUAUUAAGAUGCAGACCAGAGCCAUCGAACGCAUCACCAAGGAGCCGCUGCACCAGCUGCUGCCUGACGUCAUUCCAGGACUCCUGCAGGGUUACGACAACACGGAGAGCAGCGUGAGGAAGGCCAGCGUCUUCUGCCUCGUCGCCAUCUACUCUGUGAUGGGGGAGGAGCUGAAGCCGUAUCUGGCUCAGCUGACUGGCAGCAAGAUGAAGCUGCUGAACUUGUACAUCAAGCGAGCGCAGACGUCGACCAGCAACAGCAGCAGCUCCUCCGACAUCUCCUCCUACUGACGCGCCGCGUCGUCUCUGUCCAGCUGAUCCGUCCACGUCUCCGGCGAGGACGACAGCGCGAUUGUCUCUCUGUGGUUUUUCUUUGCUGAUAAAAGUCGUCACGACUGCGUUUGAGUCACAAGCCUUAAAACUUCAGCUUCCACGUCUCCAUCGCCCCCGACUUUCAGCCGACGAUCGUAAACGUUUUAAGGUCGCGAGGUGAGUUCAAGGUCGAGGGAGGUGAAGGAAAAACGCCUGCGUCUGUCAGUAUUUCAUUCUCUUUUAUUAGAUUUCUUUGCUUUUGACACAUCAAACCUGAUCAUUUAUUGAAUGUAAAGAGCUCUGAACGAGCGCUGCUGCCUCCUCACGAUCAGAUCAAUCGAUCAUUUUAACGUUCAAAUUGAGGGAAGUGUCCUUUAGAGGCGGAGUUAAAGCGUAAAUCUGCGUACAGAUUAAUGCCGACUACAAAAUGUGACUUUAUAUGAAAUGAUCACUUGGCGGGCCAAUGAUUUAGACCCAAGAACCAGCAGAAGAAUCAGUGUUAGUGCUUAUAUUUGAAUGAAUCAUUGAUUCAUCAUUGUUUUUCUACCUGGAUUGAAAAAUGUUUAAAAACUUUUGAAUCAAAAAUCACUUCAGUUCAAACACUGUUACAUGAAAUUUGAAUAUUCAGUAUAUAUAUAUAUAUAUAUAUAUAUAUAUACAUAUAUACAUAUAAAUACUGUUUAUGUAUGUAUUUGUAAUUUAACUGUGCCACUAAAAACCAACAAUUAAUCAACAACAAUAUUAAUCAUUUCCUGAUGGCAAAUGUUCACAUGUGACUUUAAUCUGGUUUAAUCUGGAUUAUUCGUGAUAAAAAACAAACAUAUUGGUUUAUAUUGUGGUCAAAACAUUUAUUUAUUGUAAGCGUAAAGAUUUUAUCAGAUUUAGUUACUGAUGCGCACAUGUUUUUUUCUCCCAUUUUUCAAUCCAAACAGAAAAUUAAGGAAAAAAACAACUUCCUGUUACUGAUUUAAGAAGUCAAAAAUGGCGACAGGAAGUGAACGUAAACAUUAAUUUCUGAUUAAAGUGGGAGUUUAUUUCGAUUUAGAAUUGUCUGCUGUCGAGUUUAAAACUACUGUCAUUUGAGUUUCAUUCCAAAAUAUUUCUGUAUUUAUAACGUACGUCGUGUUUUUAUUAUUAGUCUUCGUAUUCUCAUUAUCGUGGGUCCUCACUGUCUCUUUGAAUGUGUGAGUCUCUUUAUGACGAUUUCGACCACGAAAAAUGUGAAGGACGAGUUAAUGCCGACGCCUCUGAGGACGAGCGCCGCGUUCUAUGUUUGGACUAGCAAUAAACUGCGAUAAAUCCAGCCACUGUAUAUUUACAUCGCACUCUUCACCGAUCGUUCUUUACCUGUUUUAUUCUUUAUUUUAAAAACGUUACCGCUGCUUCUGAUGAUGCUAACAAACAAAAAACAAGCAAAAACACAAAAUACUUAACUCCACCCGGAUAACGCACUAGCCACGGGAAAAACAAACACGCCACGACAGAGUUCAUGUCGUUCGUUUUCUUGCCAAGACUCAGAAGUUAUUGACGCAAUAUUGCUGCGAUAAUUUGUGCUUCAAUUUUCUUUUUGUGGAUUCGUAAACGGAAGUGGGUGGAGCCUCUUCUUUUGUUCGUUAUGUGAAUCUUCUAGAAGACGUUCACGAAUGCGGACUCUUAUGGAUCAAUGUUAAUUAUUUCUCCCCGACAAAAUCAUCGUAAGAAAACAUAAUAAUGUUACAUAAACAUGACUUCCAAGUGUUUGGGGGCAGAGCUUUAACAAGAGGGGGUGGGAUUUAUAGGUUAAAUUAUUUUUAAAAGUGUAGCUGCUGUUAUGUUGCUAAUAAAUACGAUACGGGAUGAUAUAUUUAUCAUUUCACGAAAAAUGGUUGCAAUUCAUGAUAAUGUUGUGAUAAUUAUACGUAUUAUUUCUGACUACGCGAUUAGAAGAUGCUCACAAAUAGGUCCAGUAUUUGGGGGCGGAGCUUUAACAAUAGGGGGUGGGACUUAUUCUAUUUUUGUCCUUACCAAAAAUUAUUGCAAUUUGCGAUAUUAUUGUGAUAAUUGUUCGCAAAUACGACAAAAAAAACAUUACGUUAUCAAAACAACUAACGUUUAAAAAUGUCUUUAUUAAAUCACAGCUUCCAGUAUGUGGGGAAGGAGCUUCGAAUAGAGGGGUGGGACUUAUUGUUGCAAUUUUUUUUGUCCUGAUCAAAAUAAUUGCAAUUUGCAAUGUUAUCACAAUAAAUAUAAAAAUCUGCCUUAAUAUAUACAGUAUGUUUUUUUUUUUUUGAAUGUGUAAAUUCUGUUAAAUUAGCUACCAUGUUUUUUUGAAAAUGUUUACAAAUACUGACGAUAUGAUUGCGCUAAUUAAAAGGAAAUGUUCCUAACAGAGAAAUCACUUUAUGUUACAUUUUAGUCAGAAAAACACUUCAAAUAUAAGGUUUUUAUUUCUCACGCCUGAUAGAAGCAGAAAGUUCAUACAAAAAUAGUCUUUUCAGAUUUUUGGCAAGAAAACAAUCAAAAGGAAAAAAGAUUGUUUACUGACGUGACACAAAUAAAAAAAACGUCCAUGUUUGUUUGUAUAAAACGUGACCUGAAACUAAAUGGUCAUAAGUAGUGCUUGCAUUGUUUUCUCACGUUAGUUUGACGCAAAGCAAAAAGGACGACGUGCGUGCGAUUCCUCUGAUAGCAGACCUGCUCUAACGCUAACAUUACCGCUAACACACCCUCCAUCACUACACUGCAAAAACACUAAUGUGACGACAACACGUUCUCAUGAUGAUGCACUUGUGUAAAUAGGCGUUUCCGUAGAAACCACUCACACUGACUGCAUGGCUCCUGUUUUUAUUAGUUUUUAGUGCUGCACAGUAUUUAUAUACGCCCUGUGUUUGUCUGUACAUAUUUACAUGAUAUUUACGUGAUUAUUUACAUGAUAUUUACCUGUUUGGUUCUUUCACCUGUGAGAAAACUUCGCAGAACUUUUAUUUUCUUCCUCAUCUGAUUUUGUUUGUUUUUUUCUGCAGUGAAUAAAAAGUGUUUUUAUACCCGACUGUGACCGACUCCACGCCAAAAUAACAAUAAAACUGUUUGAAAACAUCAACAAAA